AUGCGCGCGCGCUCCGAGCCCUGCAGCCUCGUGCUGCUGCUGUGCGUCCUGAUGCGGAGCGCCGCGCCUCUCAGCAACCACAACACGGAGCUGCGCCACACCACACAAACCACACAGACCAGCCGCAGCGAGCACAGCGAGCACAGCACCGAGCCGGACACCGCGGGGGCAGCCGCGCUCAACCGCGCGCGCAGCGCAGGAAGGGGACUGGAGAACGCGGGAGCGCGCGGGAGCGGCGAUCGAGGCCCGGUGGGCUGCAGGGAGCUGCGCUCUACUAAGUACAUCUCUGAUGGCCAGUGCACCAGCAUCAGCCCCAUUAAAGAGCUGGUAUGUGCAGGGGAAUGCCUCCCGGCCCAGAUGCUGCCUAACUGGAUAGGAGGACACGGCAGGAAGUUCUGGAACCGGAGGGGCAACUCCAACCAAGACUGGCGCUGUGUCAAUGAUAAGAGCCGGACCCAGCGCAUCCAGCUGCAGUGUCAGGACGGCAGCACCAGGACCUAUAAGAUCACGGUGGUGACUGGCUGCAAGUGCAAGCGCUACUUGAGGCAGCACAAUGAAUCGGGAAACAAGUCUGAGAGCAUUUCUCAACCACAGCCAAUCCACAAGCCCAAGACCAAGCGGAAGCAUGGGAAUAGCAAGGCAAAUGGGAACUGGCCUGAGCUGGAAUCCUGA